CGUAGCACGCUGCCCGCACAAGCCUGUCAGCCAAAAUGAGCGACAUUUGGACGCGCCUGACGCAGGGACGCAACACGCAGCAGCGCGAGCUAGCGCCAGGCGAUCGCGAGGGUGCUAGGUUGUACCUAGAUUUUAACGACUGCCUUGAUGCCCACAAGUACACUGUCUUCUAUGGCGUGGCUGCGGUUACCAUUCCCUGGUCCUACAUGAAGAAGAGCGUCGGGCCCUUUUUCAUUGGCGUCAUCCUCAGCACCCUGCCCGACCUUAUUUAUGCCAACUGGCGCUGCGAUGACAAGUUCAAACUGUUCCAGUCCCACUGCGAGCAGGUGGCCGCAGCCAUGCAGCAGCACCAGCACGCGGCGGCGCAGCAGCAACAGCAGCAGCAGCUACAGCAGGCGAGCGCGGCGGCCGGCAGCGGCCGCAGAUGAGCGGCGCGACGGGUGGGCCGAUGAGCACAGGCUCAAAUUGGCUCUCUCUUACACUAAGGCGGCGUUUGCCCACAGCUAUGGGCGGCCAGGGGCAAUUCUACCAGAGGCAGCAAGCUGCACCUGACCAUACCAGCAAGCAACACAUCAAUUGCUGCAGACCCACGCCACGACCUCGCCUCAGCGCCGGCAAGCGUCCCCGCGUAAGGCCAUGCCGUGGAGCAUGACCGCAUGUGACGCGCGCCACCACCUGCAAGUGCGCGUCCCCCCGGGGGGGCAUCCUCGCUCCCGCUUGCGCAUGUACUCCCGCGCAGUACGUACGACUCGCACACGCGCACACAGCAGCAGCAGCAGCAGCAGCAGCAGCAGCAGCAGCAGCAGCCUGUUGCCGUGGGCCUCUGCUGGCGCGCGUUGACUGGUAGCUCGCAACGGAGCGAGCUGGCCAAACCGCCUCGGCGGCCGCCGCUUUCGCAACACUUUGCAGGCGGCUGAAGCGGGAGUAGGGCAGUAGGGCAGCUCCGAGCAGGAAGCCAUGGAGCUAGCUGGCUUGCGGGUUGAGGUAGAGUUAAGGGUGCCGCGUGGCAGUGGAGAAGGGUGUGUGGUUUGCAAAGCCGCUCACAUGCGAGGACGCGCAGGAGUUGCAACGGAGCUCGCGUUCACGGUUGCACAGACAAUUUAAAAUGAGGUGGGACCGUGGGAGGUGUGCCGUUUCCGGCUCUCCACCCAGGCUCCGCAGGCGCCUGCCUCUCGGCUCACGCGUUGUACAGUUGCGGUGUAGCCGGCGUGUGCUAUGAGCGCGUGACCGUGUGAGGUACCGUCAUGCUUUCAGGCUUACAUAGGGGACAAGCCCGGUAUCGCCGUGCAUGCAAUAUAGAUGUACCGGUAAAGUGAGCAGUGUCCCGGUACGCCCCUGCGGCGCUCGCACGCCGUGGCCAGCAUGACGCUGUCUGUAUGGCGCUUGCAUGGAGCAUGUGAGGAACCAAGUGUAGUCUUGUCCCA